AUGUCUGCAGAGGCCAGCGGCAAGGGUAUCCUCCUCAAGGCCGAUCCCAUCGCCAACGUCUUCCGCGACGAGAUCAAGGCGACGCUCACAACGCGUCCGCGCCCUUCAAAACUUGUCGGUAUCCUUGCAACUUCUGCGGCGCCGAGCAAGUUCUAUGCGGAGUUCACGCAGAAGCAGUGUCUCGCGCUCGGUAUCGAAUUCGUGCUGAGGCGGAUUGGGGCCGCUGCGGACCCGGCACUGGGCGAGGGAGAUGGAGUGGAGGAGGCCAUUAUUGAGGCGAAUGAGGACGAAAGCGUGGAUGGGAUCAUGGUUUAUUACCCGAUUUUUGGUGUGCAGCAGGAUCACUAUUUGCAGCAGGUCGUGUCUCCCUUCAAAGACGUUGAGGGCCUGCACUUCAAGUUCCAUUAUAAUCUGUACCACAACAUUCGAUACCUGGACCCGAAGUCCUUGAUCUCCUCAGUCCCUCCCACUACGGCACCCGAACCCGCAGUCGAGGAUCAGCCGCCACCGGGUGCGGUGAAGUCCAUUCUGCCUUGCACACCCCUGGCCGUCGUCAAGUGUCUGGAACACAUAGGCGUGUACAACAAGAUCCUCCCUUACGGCGACCGUGCUUACGGGAAGACCAUUACGGUCAUUAACCGGUCUGAGGUCGUCGGUCGCCCACUAGCAGCUCUGCUAGCAAACGAUGGUGCACGCGUUUUCUCCAUCGACAUUGACUCCAUCCAAGAAUACACCAAGCGUCCGCAACAGAGCUCCGAGUCCGACGCCCAGCGCCGCUUCCACCCACGGCACGUCGUACACCCCUGCUCCCUAUCCCCCCAAGACUGCCUCGCGCUCUCAGACGUCGUGGUCUCCGCCGUCCCGAGCGCGCAGUACAAGGUCAAAACUGCGUGGCUCAAGGACGGAUGCGUCUGCGUGAAUGUCGCGGCGGACAAAAACUUCGAGGCAGAUGUUCGCGAGAAGGCAUCGGUGUAUAUGCCGACGAUUGGCAAGGUCACGAUCAUGAUGCUGCUCAGGAACCUGUGCGUGAGCUUGCGUCGUCCAAUUGACAUCAUAGCUGACGACUUUGGUGUGCACUGUGCAGGUUGCGCCUUCAGCAAUAUGGUGAGUUGA